AACAAAACAGUUGAAAUAUUUUUAAGACGUUCCAAUGGUGGGCUGCCAAAGCACCAUCGGCUGGAGGCAGCUGUGAUGUCACAGGCAUUGAUCCAGCAUAUGAGGAGGGGAGACUCCCCUAACGGAGCUGUUGUUAAGCCUCUGAAUUUUCUGCUGCCGGGCAGGAGAGACGUUCAGCCUCAGUGCAGAAACAACAGGAAAGUGAGGGGGAGAAACGGGAAAAAAAUUAAAGAAUGACAUGAAAAAGGAUUUGCAAACUGGUACCCAUAGCACUGACUCAUUCUUUGUCACUCUCUCUCUCUCUCUCUUGCUCUCUCUCUCUUUAUCGUUCCCCCUCCCUUCCCCCUAAACGCGGCAGGGUAGUGGUUUCUCUCCAUUUCUCUCGCGCCUGCCCGCCUCUCUAACAAACGCACUCCUUCGCUCGCCGCAGCUGCCUGUGUUUGUUUUUCUGUGCUCUUAUUGGUCUCCCCUGAAGCUGUUUAUCGAUGGUUUAGAAGCGGCUCUGAUUAUGUUUCUGUGAAGAGGUGCAUACUGCCGAGGUUUAUUUUUCUCGAACGGUUUUAUUUUCAGCCAAACUGGAAGCGCAACAGUGCAACAUCUGCGUCAGAAGAACUUUAAUAUUCUGCAUUUGUGUUUUCAGCGAGUAUGUUUAGAGCUGUCGAGUUCCUGGGAAAAAACUUAAACAUUUUUAAAAGCCUUCUUCUCUUUUAGAGAAAUUUCUGCGUGCGCCUCUCGCUUGGGUACGUUUUCAUAUUUCCAAGCGGCUUUUCGCAGCAGUCCAAGCUGGAUUCCGAUCAUGCUCACGGCGAUACGAUCAGGUCACCAUCGGGUCUGACCGUCAAUCCCCAGCUUCCAGAAAGCCUCGCUCCCACCUCCGUUAAACGCAACAAAAGACCGGGAUUACUCCAAGCUAUGAAGAAAAUUUGGUCCAAGAAACGAUUUCAGAAGACUGGACACUCGAACCGAACAUUUGGACGGUUUACUCAUGGUGUGUUUGGCUUUAUAGAUACCAGCGAAGUUUUCCGCUCCUGUCGGAAGCAAAGUUAUGACUCCGAGACUACAGAAGACGAAGCCGCUGAGCCACAAAUACCCCUGGAAGCUAAAGAAGGAGCCAGAGGUUUUCAAGAUGAUGCCCAACGUGUGCCUGCGGGUCAUCGGAUGAUGGAUGUCGCCCCAGAUGCGAGCGAACGCUGGGCCGUUGGUGAGACCACAGUGUUGGAAAAAGAAGCACCGGCCCUUGGAUCCAGACCGCCAGGGCAGCAGUCAUCCAGGAGCCCAUAUGAAGAAGUUUUGAGAGAAUCCCCCCCUCAAGUUCUACCACCCCCUUCCCCUAAAAUUGGCCGUUCUACUGCCUCUCCUUUGCCCAGCCGUUCUGGUUCGUCCCCUGCCACUUCCUUAGCCCCACGCAAGAAAGUAAUUGUGCCAACUGAAUAUCAAGGCAUGGUACCAGAAGAGUUUGAGGAGAAGAUCAAGCAACCCAAAUCCUCAAGCAUGUCUCAGAGUAGUGCUCAAGACUUCCGAUCCCAGACCCCUGUCAGUGAGUAUUCCCGUAAGGAACCUCGUCCCUCACCAAAACUGAAAAGAGCUAGCUCAGAGAUGACGUUGAAGUUUGACGAGCAGAGGAGGAGUAUUGAUAACCCAGAGGAAACUCUAUCGGGACGUUCUUGGGCUGGAUUUAAUAGAGCUUUAUCUGUUGACUCUGAUGAAGAAGAAAGGAUCUCGAGGGAGAGCUCCAAAGAGGACCAUCGUGAGGCUAUAAACGCAGACACGGCUCAGAGAAGGUCCAUGUUUAGGCAGCGGGCUGCUUCCAUGGAGGACAGAUCUAACUACUCCCAGAAGGUGCAGGACAUUGAGAUCAAGUUUGCAGAGGAGCUCCAGCGCAUCAAAAAGCUUGUGGGAAAAUCACAUAUGAAAAGAUCCUUCUCAACAGAGCACCUCUCCACUUUACACAACAGCAGGCAGCCUGUUAGAAAGUUAGAACCCCUCCCACCCCAGGUUCUUCAAAAGCUGCAGGAUAGAGAGCGUGCUCAGCUAGAGCGAGAGAAGAGAAAAAGCGAGCAAGCCAAAGAACGAUCGCCACCAAAAUCUCCUUUCCGUAAGCGAAAAGACCAACUGACAGAACAACCAAUGGAAAAAGUUAAAGGUGACCCAGCCACUAAGACAUUUGUUAAUCAACCAUGCCCUCCAGAAGCCAUGUCACCUUCUGAUCUACCUGGGCAAAGGUCUCCAAGAUUUGUGCGUGGCCCAAGCCCAAGCAGGGGGAGUCCUCGAAGGUCUCCAACUGUAGAGAUUACUGCCAUGGCUGAAGACCGUUCUAGAGGAAGAGCCGAAUCUCCAUCCAGAAAUGUCAUAGAGAUGACAUUACGCAAGGGUGAUCCAAGAUCUGCAAGUCCGUUGGUCAAGAGAGUUGUUCGUGUUCAGGAAGUUCCACAAACAGAGGAGUCCAGGAAGACACCUGUAGAGGUCACCCUAAGAAAAUUGGAGAGAAGGCCUGAAAGUCCUUUGUUGCAGGGAGAAACUGUAGCUAUUCAAGAACGCCCUUUCCAACCUCCCCCCAAACCUCCAAGAGUGUCUCUGUCUUCCUCUUCUGAGGAGAAGAUGGAGUUGGAUUUGAGUCCUUUACAACCAGCACCUAAGCUAACCAUACCAAAAAUCUUUGUCGAAGAUGAGCCAAUGGAGACAGAAACACCCACAGAAAAGAUUGAAAAGACUGUAAAAAGUGCCACUGGUAAAGUGUUAAAAACCCAAAGAAACAGAGGAAGGGGACGCAGACAAAGACCCAUGUCACCUGAAUUUGAAUCUUCAGACGACUCGUAUGUGUCUGCAGGAGAAGAUCCUCUAGAGGCUCCUGUGUUUGAGUUUCCACUACAGGACACUGUGGCCUCGACUGGAACAGAGGUGCAUUUAAAAUGCAUCAUCAGUGGCACCCCUCUGCCUGAAGUUACGUGGAAGAGAGACAACAUUGAGAUCAAGAACAGCUCAACUCAUGUUGUAAAAGUGGAGGGAGAAAGACACUCUUUGCUCAUUAAAUGGACAAAGCCAAGCGAUGCAGGAACGUACACAGUUACUGCUACAAAUGAAGUGGGCAAAGCUUCCAGUAGUGCCACCCUUUUCAUCAAAUCAGAUCCCAGUCAGGACCAGCGUGGGAACCUUGGUGUGCCCAUGGACGUCAGCAGUCCCAUCACAUCUGAUGAGGAAUACCUCAGUCCUCUGGAGGAGGGGAUGGAUUUUUCAUCUUACAGAGGUUCUGAGCCAAGGAAGAUUGUGGACACUCGAUUCAAAGAGCCUCCAGCCUUUCAGGCUGUUUUUGGAGACCAGACAGUAACAGAGGGUCAGGAAGUGACCAUGUCUGUUCGAGUGGGUGGACAGCCUAAACCCAUACUUUAUUGGCUAAGAGACAGAGUGACGAUAAAAACAGGUCCACGACAUAUUGUUCGUGAGACCGAAGAGGGCAACUUUGAGAUGAUAAUAAAAUCAGCACAGAAGUCGGAUGCAGGCGUUUACACCUGCAAGAUCAUCAACGAGUAUGGAACUAAACAGUGUGAGGGCAAACUGGAGGUUAAAGCUCGCCCAGUAGAACCAGGCCUAGCUAUUAUUCGGCCAGUGAGGGAUGUAAUGGUGGAAGCAGGUGAGACGGCUCUGUUCGAGUGUCAUGUGAUCGGCCCUCAAGACACAGAUGUCGAUUGGCUGUCAGACGGGAAGCUCAUCCAGCCAGCGCUUUUGAAUUGUAAGAUGCACUUCGAUGGGAAAAGGUGCAGAUUGCUGCUUAACUCCGUACACGAAGACGAUAGCGGGACAUACACCUGCAAACUAAGCACUGCUAAAGAGGAACUGACCUCUAGUGCCAAACUGAAGGUCAAAGCAUCCAUACAGCCGCUCUUCACCCGUCAGCUGGAUGUUCUGGAAGUGAUUGAGGGUCGUAACGCUCGCUUUGACUGUAAGGUCAGCGGGACACCACCUCCUCAGGUCACCUGGACCCAUUUUGAUCAUCCACUGGAGGAAAGUGAAGACGUUCGAAUCUUAAAAGAAGGAGGGAGGCAUUCAUUAAUUAUUUCUCACGUCUGUAAUGAAGAUGAAGGUUUCUACACGGUAGUCGCACAAAACGCGUACGGACAGGCCGAGUGUUCGGCCGAGUUGUAUGUGCAGGAGCCCAGGCCGGCAAUAUCCUCUCAAAUGGCAAAGCUGGAAAAAAUGCCUUCGAUUCCUGAAGAGCCCGAGGUACCUGAGAAUGAGGUGGAGCGGUUUACAAUGCCAGACUUUGUCAAGCCGCUGUAUGAUAUGGAUGUAGUGGAGGGUAGAGAAGCAGUUCUCAGGUGCAAAGUGGCUGGCCUGCCGUACCCAACUAUCAUCUGGUUUCACAACGGCAAGAGGAUUGAGAGCACAGAAGACAGAAAAAUGACACAGUUCAGAGACAUUCACAGCCUGGUGCUCCGCUCUGUGUGCCAUGCCCACGGUGGUGUCUAUAAGUGCGUCAUAUCCAACAAAGUGGGCAAGGCCACCUGCUAUGCCCAUCUUUAUGUAAUGGACAUUCUUCCCGACCCACCAGAUGGGGCUCCAAUCAUCGAGUCCAUCACAGGCAAGACUAUCACAUUAAGCUGGAAAAAGCCUAAAAGACUGGAUCCAAGCAUCGAUCCGAGUUCCUUGAUGUAUGCCAUUCAACAGCAGCCCCUUGGGUCAAUACAGUGGACUAUUAUCGCUUCUUGUCUGAAACAAACCACCUAUACCAUCACCAAUUUGUCUAAAGGUGUCUGCUACACCUUCCGGGUGCUAUCAAUCACCAGCAAGGCUUUCAGCAAACCAUCGUCUACCACCGAGCCGGUGCAGCUGCUAGAUAGAGGCCCGUACCUCCAGGAGGCUCCUGUAAUCAUUGACAAACCAGACGUCGUGUAUAUGGUGGAGAAACAGCCCAUAAGCAUCACACUCACUCUCAAUCAUGUCAAUGCCUCGGUUACAUGGAAGAGAGGUGGGGUGACGUUGUCUAACAGACCAGGCCUGUUCGAGUUGAGCAUGCCUGACGAUGACCAACAUACACUGAAGCUGUUCAAGGUGAGCAGCAAUGAUGUGGGUCAGAUCACCUGCAUCGCUAGCAACCAGUAUGGUAGUGACUCCUGCAUCCUGGUCCUGGAAAUGGCAGUGCCUCCAACGUUUGAGACUAUCAUGGAAGAUCUGGAUGUGAAUCUAGGCGAGACUCCUCGUUUUGCGGUGGUGGUUGAAGGAAAGCCCAUCCCAGACAUUUUCUGGUACAAGGAUGAUGUCCUGCUGUCAGAAAGCAGCCAUUUCACUUUUGUGUACGAUGACAAUGAGUGUUCCCUUGUGGUGCUGAACACUCAAGCAGAUGAUUCGGGAGUGUAUACCUGUACUGCAAAAAAUCUGGCUGGUUCUGUGUCCUGCAAGGCUGAGCUCACAGUCCACACUACUAAAAAGGACAGAGAAGACUCUUUGGAGGAUGAGGCAUCUAUCCUAAGAAAGAUGCGGAGGCUCACUGAUUACUAUGACGUGCACAAGGAAAUUGGGAGAGGGGCGUUCUCGUAUGUGAAGCGUGUGACACAGAAGACAGGAAAGAAGGAGCUUGCGGCUAAGUUCAUCUCUGCUCGAGCUAAACUAAAGGCCUCGGCUCUGAGAGAGAUGACCAUCCUGUCCCAACUGGACCAUGAGAGGAUCCUGUACUUUCACGAUGCUUUCGAGAAGAAGAAUGCUGUCAUUAUUAUCACAGAGCUAUGUCAUGAGGAGCUUCUUGAAAGGCUAACAAAGAAAUCAACAUUAAUGGAGUCUGAGAUCCGAUCCAGUGUAAGACAGCUGUUGGAGGGUAUUUACUAUCUACAUCAGCAUGAUGUACUUCAUCUGGACAUCAAGCCUGAUAACAUCCUCAUGGCAGACUCCAGCGGUGAUCAGAUCCGCAUAUGUGAUUUUGGCAAUGCUGUAAAAUUCACACCUGAUGAGGCACAGUAUUGCAAAUAUGGCACUCCAGAAUUUGUCGCCCCAGAGAUUGUUAACCAGACUCCUGUCUCCAAGGCAACGGACAUCUGGCCUGUUGGAGUUCUUACAUACUUAUGUCUCACUGGAGUUUCUCCUUUCGCCGGAGAAAACGAUCGCAGUUCUGUUCUCAACAUCAGAAACUAUAAUGUGGCUUUCGAAGAAAGCAUGUUUACGGACCUCUGCCAUGAAGCCAAGGGAUUCGUCAUCAAACUGCUGGUGGCUGAUAGAUUGAGACCUGAUGCUAAUGAGUGUCUUCGUCACCCCUGGUUCAAGACCUUGAAUAAGGGUAAGAGCAUUAGCACGGAGUCCCUCAAAAAGUUUUUGUUCAGAAGAAAAUGGCAGCGAUCUCUUAUCAACUAUAAAUCUAAAAUGGUAAUGAGGUCUAUACCUGAGCUACUGGAUGACUCCACCAGCCAUAUUUCCAUUGCUAUUCCACGACAUAAGAAACAAGGCUCACCACCCCCUUCAUCAUCUUCAGAUUCUGAUGAAGACAUUGAUGAGCUGCCUUUUAUCCCAAUGCCUCUCAACAUGGAAUUCUCUGGAUCUAGAAUGUCUUUGAAUGAAAUUGGGGGAGAUGAUGAGAUGGUUGGUAAACUUAACGGAAAUGCUGAGAAGCCUACGUCAAGUCAUCCAAAGUCAGAGCCCAUGGAAGUAGAGACAUCAAAAAGAGAGGAUGGAGUUGCAUCUGCUAGCGGUCGAGGCAAGAAGAGGUCUACACAAGAAGGAGAAAAAGGCUCAUCUGAUGAGGAAUCAGGAGAACUGGCCAACAUGGCAGAGCAGGCAAAGAGACCAAUGCGCAGAGGCUCAAGCAUGGAGUUAGAGGUGUCGGAGGGAGCACGUCGAAGGGGCGAGCUACGAAGGGGAAGCUCAGCUGACAGUGCCCUACAGCUCCACAUCAAACAAGAAGAGGGUACAGAGGAAAAUCCUUCAGAUGGAAAAAGAAUUUUGCAAAAGUCUGUAUCUAUGGAGCUCCCAAGGAGGAGUCCAAGUCCAGGUGCUGCAAAGAUGAGCCAGGAAGACUACGCCUUGAAAUUGGAACUGAUGAGGCAGAGGCUUCUCAGGGGUGGCUCUGUAGACAACAAGAUGAGCGGAUUACGAGGUCCCUUGCUGGAGACCUUGGGUAUGGGCGACGAGAAGCGAUUUGGCCGAACAUCUCGGACAGGCAACCCUCCACUUGUUAGAGCGGCAUCCAGUGAGUCACCUAGAGAUGAUGUCCCAAAGACCAAGAUACUCCGCAAGAGUGCUUCCUUUAGCCAGGGCGAUCCGGAACCCAUGCCUUUGCACAGACGAAUUGGUGCACCUCUGGAGAUUCCACUGGCACAAAUAGAGGAGAGGCGGCUACAGGAAGCUGUAUCUAUGUCUGUUCUUACAGAGCCAGUCAAGGUGGAUUCUCGACCUGUAACGCCCAAAGCUCCAACACCAGAGCCAGAGAAAUACGAGAAAGAUGAGGAAAAGGAGCUGACAAACGACAAGGACAGUAAAUCAGAGGAGAUCACUGAGUUAAAGAGUGUUGCAGACGAUGAUAGUGUUGAUCAGAAAUCAAGGGAGGCUGACGCACAGGAGAAGGAACAGAUAAAGUUAGAGGAAAUCAAUAAGGAACCUGAACAAGUGGCUGAAAGUAAGCCAGAGACUGCCUUGGCCCCCAUGGCUGUUUUAGAGGAAGAUGUUGAGGAUGAUCAAGAAAGAGAAGAUAUGAAGCAUAAGAAAGAUACUGAGCCUACUGCUCCAAAGAUGGAGGUUAAAGUUAAGAAUGAGGUAAAUGCAUUAGUCAAGCCUAUAGAGAUUCCAAUUUCCGCCAGCUCAAUCACAGUAACCCCAGCAACUGCCCCAGCUAACAUUCCUCACAGUGUCUCAUCACCCUACGUGGCGCCCUCUCUCCCUGCACGCACCGUUCUCCCAGAUGGUAGGACUUCAGCGUAUGCCAGUAUCAUGCAGACCAUCAUGGUCCCAUCAGUUCAGGCAUCUAGCCAACCUUCUCCAGUGCCACCUACUAGACCAUCAUCCACCCCACCAUCAGUUCCAGUGUAUGCACCCAUUUCCAGGCACACCUCUGAACCGACCCUUCUGUCAACCAAACCUGAAGUUCAUCAAAGGACUGAACAUCCCGCAGUCUUUUCUCGGGUUGCAUCAACAGAGCACCCUCCUAAAGAACCAAGUCCCCCAAAAACUCCCACUCGUGCCUCCCCUAAGCCAGACCCAUCUCUUGGAAGCAACAUCCAGGAUCUUGCAUCUGAGGAGGUCUUCGAAGCUCGGUUUAAGAAGCGUGAAUCCUCUUUAACUCGUAGUCUCAAGCGUUUCUCAUUGCAAAAGACAGAAGAAAAGCCCGCCACUGUUGCGCCUGAAACAACAGAGGAAAUGUAUCGCCCAGGACCUGUUGGAGCUCCAUUAGAGUUUGUGAACAGGAGGUUAGAAGAAAAGUCCAAAUCAGUUCAGGAUCUUCGUGAGGCACAAAAGGACCCUGGGUUCAUGAGGAGACUCUCCAUGCGCUUAAAAAGAUCCCCAUCCUUGGAGAGAAAGGAGGAUAAGGUCAAAGAGGAGGAGGCUGCAACACCCAGGCGACGUCUAUCCUGGGCACUGGGACGGAGAGGAUCCCAAGACAAGAAGGAGAUAGAGAUGAUGAGGAUGGAUGGAGGCCCUGAGAGUCCCCCAGAGCCGGAGUCCAAAGUGCCAUCUGAGUCACCUGUUCUUGCCAUGCGCAAGAAAAUUGGCAGUACCAUAGCAAGCAUAUCCACUAGGAUUAGGAGUCAGUCUGAGGAGAGAAUAGACGACAAUGAAGGCAAGACGGAGGUCAAAAGGACACCUAUAUUCUCUAUACUGAGGCGUACCUCCUCAGAGGGAGGAAGUCUGAAGAAGAUGGGUGUCCCACAGCACCAGCUGACCACCCAGUCAGGAAAAGGGGCUUCAUCCGAAUCUAUAGAUUCCAUGUCAAGCAUCCAGUCAGAAUCAGCUGUUAAGAGUGCAGAAACUGAACGGAGAUCACGGUGGGACCGUUGGGGGUUGUCAAGAGGAAAACGAGACAAGACCGUUUCCCAACCAGACAUCCCAGCUUCCAUCGCCAGGGAAAAUGGCUCUCUCCGCUCUCGCAAAUACACUCAGCUAGCAUCUGACUUCCCACCUGUGUUCCAUAUUAAACUGAGGGACCAUGUACUCUUGGAAGGAGAUCCCGUCACUCUCAGCUGCCUCCCUGCUGGCAGUCCUCACCCACAGAUCUCAUGGAUGAAAGAUAAGAAACCUCUUGAGAUUGACCCGAGGAUGAACAUGAUAUCCUGCCCUGAUGGGAGACAGCUGCUGAUGAUUAUGAAGACUACUAAGAAGGAUGCAGGCGUAUAUGAAUGUGUGGCUACCAACCCACUGGCCUCCAUCAGCAGCACAAGUGUUGUGUCUCUCGCACGUCUGCCUAAUAGUCCUGGGACACCUGAAGUUCCCCAGAAGUAUAGGAACACUGCCUUGGUCGUAUGGAGACCCUACGACACUACAGCACCAUGCACAUAUUCACUGGAGAGACGAACAGAGGGUGAGAGUAACUGGCUAAUGGUGGCCACAGGUGUGGCUGACUGUUACUACAAUGUCAUGGACCUACCAAUGGGUGCCACAUACAGGUUCAGAGUAGCCUGUGUGAACAAGGCUGGCCAAGGACCUUACAGCAAUUUAUCUGAUAAAGUUGUCCUGGACUCGACAGCACCCCAAAAGUCAAGUGGUACAGUUGUAGUUAAAACCCUUCCAUCCGCUCCUGUACCUGCAGUGGUGACAUCUACCAUGACCAUACCUGCAAUAAAGCCUGCUGGCAUUAAAACAUCUCCACCAGUGACUUCUGUCCCUUCUACAACCAUACAGCCGGUAAAACCCAUCUCUACUCCCGCUCAACCUGCCUCAACUGCUACACCUUCCCCUGCUCCCCCUGUUCCCACCCACCAUACUGCACCUGAUACCCAACCUCCAGCUCCUGGCACCGCUACCCCGGCCAAAGCCAAGACCACUCUCAACAUCACCAUGGCCAAACCCUCCCCAGCAGCUCCGCCUCCUCCCACAAAACCUUCACCUCCCGCUGUACUGCCCAAACCUCUGAGCCCUGUCACUGUGAUCACAACCUCAGCCAGAACUCCUCCCGUGUCUCCGCCCCCUCUCGUGUCUCCUCCGCCCACCAUCGGCAAGCCCAUCUCAUCAGUGCCAAUGUAUGUGCCGGCCACCACUGCUGCAGAUGUGACCCCAGCCGCCCCCAAAACCUCGGCUCCUACGCUGUCGCCACCGGUGGUGUUAGUUACAAGUUUAAGUCCUGUAGGUGAGGGUACCACAACACCUGGUCGUAUGACCCCAAGCGGAAGAGCCACUCCAUCUGGACGCAUGACUCCUACAGGACGCAGGACUCCUUUGGGAAAACCCGGAGAGUCCACACUACGGCAGGGAGUGCCUCAGAAACCCUACACAUUUAUGGAUGAGAAAGCAAGAGGUCGGUUCGGUGUUAUCAGAGAGUGUCGAGAAAACGCCACUGGCAACCUAUACAUGGCCAAGAUUGUGCCGUACGAGCCUGAAAACAAGCAGGUCGUGUUACAAGAGUACGACAUCCUGAAAUCCCUCCACCACGAGAAGAUUAUGGCCCUUCACGAGGCCUACGUCACCCCGCGCUACCUGGUGCUCAUUUCAGAGUGCUGCUCGGGAAAAGAGCUCCUCUAUAGUUUGAUUGACAGAUUCAGAUACUCUGAAGAUGAUGUGGUGGUGUACGUUGUGCAGAUUCUUCAGGGUCUGGACUAUCUGCACAGCCGGAGAAUUUUGCAUCUGGAUAUCAAACCAGAAAACAUCAUCGUCACCUACAUGAACGUGGUUAAGAUCAUUGAUUUUGGUAGCGCACAGAACUUCAAUCCACUCUUCCUCAAGCAUUACAGCCCACGCAUCGGAACACUAGACUAUAUGUCCCCUGAGAUGUUGAAAGGUGAUGUGGUGGGUCCACCAGCAGACAUCUGGAGCAUUGGCAUUGUAACAUACAUCAUGCUCAGUGGAAGACUGCCGUUUACAGAGAACAACCCUGCUGAGACAGAGGCCAGAAUCCAGGCGGCAAAGUUUGACAUGAGUAAGCUGUACCAAAAUGUGUCCCAAAGUGCCUCUCUGUUCCUUAAAAAGAUCCUGUGCAGUUACCCGUGGGCCCGUCCUACUAUAAAAGACUGCUUUAACAACUCCUGGCUUCAGGACGCUUACCUGAUGAGAUUGCGCAGACAGACUCUCACCUUCACCACCACACUCCUCAAACAGUUUCUGGAGCAACAGAAGCAGGUCAGGGCCGAGAUGGCAACAAAGCACAAAGUCCUUCUUCGUUCCUACCAGAGCAGCCCACAGACCCCAUCCACACCCGGUACCCCCGCCACACCCAUCUUUCAGUGAGCUCCACGACUGGACAUUCUCCAGAGAUGAGAAGAAAGAUCCAGGGUUCUCCAAAGUCAAAAGAGAGACGCAACGACUCAGGGGAUCUCAGCCCUUAUAAACUACCCACCUGGUGGGGAUUUUAUGGGACGGGAUGUGCAGUGGGUAAGCAGAACAAGCACAGGAUCCUCUGGCCUUGGAAACCUUGCCGAGAAAAGUAUCACAGAUGCCGGAGCAUUUACCUCUUCUAGCUGUGGCCAGCAUGCACAGUGAAAUUGUGUUUAUUGUCCAGAAUCCAGGUUAGCAUUGCAUCUCUUGCGAGGGGUCGGGACCUUUAAACCCAUUUUGGUUGGAAAGAGUGACUUUCGAGACUCAUUCAAGAUCUAGUCCAUCAUUUGACGCAAAAAAAAUGUUAAUGUGUAUUUUUGUGGUGUCUUCCACUUGUAAACCAGGGCCUUGAGACUUGUGGCAUAUAGUGUAUAUGUUUUUUGAACUAGUUUUUAUGGCACAAGUAAUACUUUUAUUACUGGUACUUGUUGAUUAUCAGUAUACUGUAUAUGAAAAUGAUUGAUAUAAUGCCAUCAGCGAAUAUCAUUUUUUUUGUCUUUUACUAAAGUGUAUUAGUCUAAACAUGGGUGGAUUGAAUUCAUUGUAAUAUUAAAAAGCCUUUUUUGGCGUCAGCGUUGUUUCUUAAGACAACUAAAGUUUUAUGGAGUGACAGUUUUUUCAGUAUUCAAAACCGUGUUUGUCUCUCUCUCUCUCUCGGCCUCUUCGAUUCAACUUUUUAUAUGUUGAAGUCUGCUUUAACAUCAGGAAUGUAUUGUGUAUUGCAGAUUUUAGUGCAUCAGAAUAGCAUGCAUCAAUACAUAAUUCCUCUCCAUAGUGUAACUUGAGCACCAAUGGUUGAAAAUCUCAGUCAAAGGAUGAUACAGUUUGUUGGCCAAAGUUAUCUGUAUGUAGAAAUCAACUUCAGAGACGCUGGUUAAUGUGCCUGGAAACUGGUGAUCUUGUAAGGAGUUUGGAUGGAUUGAAGAUGUCUGACUUAUUUUUAUUUUCUGUCCUUUUAAAAUAAACUAGAAUAUGUUUUAAAAAAUAUACAUCGGCUGCUGCAGUGAAUGGUGAUGAGAAUCUUAUUUUUUAAGUAUUUUAUGUAAUUUUAAUAUAUAGUAUAUGAAUUAGGGGAUACUUUUGGUUGGUUGAUUGAUUGUCAGGUAUUAUCUUUAAUCAAUUACAUUUUCCCUUACUUUUCAAGAUAAUACACCAUUAAUAAUACAGUAUAUGAAGUCAUAUAUCAGUAUGAAAACGGAAAAUGUAUUGUCUAACAUUUUAAGAUUUAAAGGUGCACUGUGUAGAUUUUAGCGACAUCUACUGGUAAGGUUGCACCUCUGUCCACCACUCACCCCUCUUUUUCGAAAGCAUAGAGAAGCUACGGAAGCUGCUACAGUACAAACAUGCUGAGACAACAUGGUAACGAAAUGCGCUUUGUAUAGCAGUUGGUCCGUUUGGGGCUACCGUAGAAACAUGGGGGUGUAAAAUGGGGACUUCCACAAAAGGGGACCUGCAGUAUGCAGUAUGAUGACUGUCUUAAUUUCUAUCCCAACCAGAGGUAGAGUUCACAAUCAAGCACAUGCACAGUCAGUCCGAGCAGUGUUGCCAACUUUGUCGCUAGAUUUAGCUACAUUCUAGACUCCUUUAGCGACUUUAUUUUAAAAAAGCGACAAGGCCAAAUCUAGCGAUCUUUUCUGGCAUGAUUGGAGACUUUUGGGUGCUGAUGUGAGAACACGUAUCAUUCUCAAUGAGCAGUGGGCGCUACUGCUGCACCCCAUCCCCGUUUUAAAGCACUCAAAGGCAGCCCGGUCCGUCCGAGUCUCACACACCCUGAACGACAGAACGAUGGCAAGUACAAUGAACUCAAAGGUAGCGGUCACAAACACAAAGUAUAAUAAGCACUACUUUUACAUCGCUGCGGUGAAAAGCAAGAAUGUUUAUGUAAAAUGCAACUUAUGCCCAGGAAGAAAGAGUCUCCCCACAUCUGUUGAAUUUGUGGUUUCUCUUUAGUGUCCAUUUCAUUUAUUUAACAUAUGUAAUAUUGGGGGCAUCCAAGUUAUUUUAAAUAUUUGAACUUUUUUUAAGUAACGCAAUAGUUACUUUCCCUGGUAAUUAGUUACUUUUACUAACUAUAACAAAUUACUUUUUUAAAGUAACUUUCCAACACUGAUAGUUAUGUAUAUUAUAUUGCAUUUUUGUCAAGAGAUCCUCCUAAAAUUUACACAUUGCACCUUUAAUACUUAAAAUGAAUUCAAAACAUCAAUCUUUAAAUUAUCUCUAUACAUGAAGAGAUAUUUUUCUAAACAGUGUACACCAGUUAUUAUUUAUUUAUCUAUAAACAGGAUUUUACUUUAGAGGAUGAAUGGCUGUUGGUCUUGAUUUUAUUGUAUUUGUGUCAGUGUUAUUAUGCAUACAUAGUUUCUAUUAUUUGAAUUUAUUUUUGAACAGUGUGCUUGUUUGGUGAAUUCAGAAACACAGUUUGUGCUUAUUUAUUUAAAUGAGAGUGAUAUUCUUGUUGAAAUUUUAGAUAUGAUCAAAUUUUUAGUACAACUGAAAUAACAGUAUGUUGGCUUUGUAAAGCCAACAUAAUAACAUGGGAUAAGAUUGAAGUAAGAAUCAGGAUCUCUGAAGAGUUUUAUAUUUCAUUUUUGUGUGAUCAAUCCGAUCAACCCUUUAAUGUGAAACUAAUUCAAGCUUUUUGGAAUGAAAAACAGUGACAAAAUGUGGAGAUAACAUGAAUGUUUUACAGUAGAAUGAAGUGUGUAUAUGUGGAAAACCUGACCUUUCAUGAAUAAAAUCAGCUGUCAGCAAUACUGAA